UUAUUGUAUUUAAGUAAGUUACCAACUAAAUGAAAUAAUAAUACCCAAAUGUAAUAUAUUAUAGCACAAUAAAUAAAGCAUAUGACAAAUAUCCUUAUCAUACAUACAGUAUUUCUUAGUUUCAGCAGAUUAAUAAUUACAAUUAGUGAAGUAAAAUGAAUUUUUAUAACCAAUCCUUAUUCCCAAAGCAAGACAUUCUGUCACUUAAUUCUUCAGGGACAAUGCUAGAUUGGGAUGAAUCAACCGUAUUGGGAGUAAAGAUCACUCUGGCAAUCCUUUUAUCAUUAUUAACUUUAGCAACGCUCCUUUCAAAUAUUUUUGUUAUUAUUACUAUAUAUAUGACCCGGAAGCUUCAUACCCCUGCUAAUUAUUUAAUUGGUUCAUUGGCUUUUACAGAUUUAUUGGUGUCUAUCUUAGUUAUGCCUAUUAGUAUUGUUUAUACUGUAAAUCACUCAUGGACAUUUGGUCAGAUCAUAUGCGACAUAUGGUUGUCAUCAGAUAUCACCUGUUGCACAGCUUCAAUACUUCAUCUCUGUGUUAUUGCCUUGGAUAGAUAUUGGGCCAUUACAGAUGCACUGGAAUACUCUAAACAUCGUACAGCAGGAAGGGCUGCUGCCAUGAUAUCUGUAGUAUGGGUAAUAUCUAUAUGCAUCUCCAUCCCACCACUCUUUUGGAGACAAGUCAAAGCUCAAGAAGAACUUACAGACUGCUCUGUCAACACAGAUCAACUGUUCUAUACCAUAUACUCUACGUGUGGUGCAUUCUACAUACCAACAGUAUUGCUGAUUAUAUUAUAUGGGAGAAUAUAUAUAGCAGCACGAUCAAGGAUUCUCAAACCACCAUCUAUUUAUGGAAAGAGGUUUACCACUGCUCAGCUAGUAACCGGAGCAACUGGUUCUUCCUUUUGCUCAGUCAAUGUAAAUUCACAUGUGGGUCACCCCCACACUGGAGGAACUCCAGUCUGUAUCAAUCACAUCAAUAUAAAACUUACAGACAGUGUCCUUGAAAGGAAGAGGUUGUCUGUUGCCAGGGAAAGGAAGGCAACUAAAACGUUAGGAAUUAUUCUUGGCGCCUUCAUAGUAUGCUGGCUCCCUUUCUUUGUAGUUUCUCUGGUUUUGCCUAUAUGUCAAGAUGGUUGCUGGUUCCAUCCUUUAUUAUUUGAUUUCUUCACAUGGCUGGGAUAUUUUAACUCUCUCAUUAACCCUGUGAUAUAUACAGCCUUCAAUGAGGAUUUCAAACAAGCUUUCCAAAAGCUAAUAAGACUCAAAAAACUUUCCUAGGACUAAGCCAAGCCCAAUAGAACUUUAUGUCACAGAUAUUUCAUGACGUUGUCAAUGAUGUUAAUUGUAUACAUUUUGGACUAAUGCUAAAAAUGAAGCUGCAGAAAGACAGGAUGGAAGACUUUCCCUAUACAGCAUGGACAUGAAAAAGCCAACAUACAUCAGGAGAAUGCAAUUAUUAAAAGCCUAAAUCUGAAACUUUUUAUUAAAUUAAUUUUUGUGAACAGUAAGUAUGUAAAUGAUACACUUUGAAUGUAUAUUGCCAUCUGUAAUCAGUAUGUUUCAAGAUAAAUUACAUUUAUUUUUAUCACAAACAAAUAAGAUCAGGAAAAUCAAUCAUUUGUAUGAAGUAUACUUAUCUUGGUGAUUGGUAAGUGGGUAAUUGUGAA